AUUAAAAUUCUACUGUAACGAACCAACACAAUCCGUUAGUGAAGCAGAAAUUAUGAGUAGUCGUCGAAAAUGCAACAAAUUGGUGGAAUUUGAGAAUGAGAGUGUAAAUGAGUAUAGCAACGAGGAGCACUGCAAUGACGGGCUAAAAAACGCGGCGGCACAGAAUUUAUUUAACAACCCUGUAAUAGCAUUUCUCGCUACACUGAGCAGCAUAAUCUUCUGGUGCAUCUAUUGGUUGGCAAAGGCGCUGAUUGUGUUUGCUGGCAUAUUUAUGAUUAUUACGUUCAUAUUUCCACAUAAAAUCGUUGGACUUCUCAACCGCUUUAUGAAUCAGGAGAACUUGGAGCAAUACCUCAAGGAUGAAUUGUAG